AUGUGGGAUUGGCUGGUGGGGCUGGUGCGCGGAAUGACGGCUACGCGCCUGGAGCGCAUGGACCGCGCUGAACGUCAGGCGCUGAUGGCGGAGACGGCGGAGCUGGUGGUGCAGAUGCUGGAUAAGCGGGCCGCGGAAGACGGCUUCGCGCACCGCUCGGAGGUGAGCGCCCUUCGUCGCCUGCAGCGCGAGGCCUUCCAGGACCUACUAAGAGUUAAAGACCGCCUGCACAAACUAGAGUACUAUACUGGUGUUCGUCGCCUGCAACCCUUUGGCGCCGCCACCGCCUUCCCCGCGUCGCCUCCAUCCGCCUCCGGCGCUGGAAGCGCGGGGUUCGGGGGAAGCGCGGGGAGCGCGGGAGGCGCGGGGGGCGCGGGGAUGGACCUGGGCGGGGGUUUUGGGUUUGGGCUGCUGGGGGGGAGCCGCACGCGCAUGUACGGGGAGGUGGCGGCGGGUUCCGCGUUCGUGCCCGCGGAGGGGGAGCGCAGCCAUGCCGCGCGCGCGGGUCUGGAGCAGGCGGGCAUGCGAUCAGGGCUUACAGUGAAACUGCGCCUAGACACGCUCUGCCGACGCUGGGGCAGAGGCGGUAACACCGGUAACACCGGCGACGCUGGUAACAGCAGUAACAGCGGUAACAGCGGCGGCAGCGGUGGCAGCAGCGGGAAAAGCGGCGGUGCUGGGCCGUCUGGGGGGCCGGUGCAAGGGACGAGGAGGAGAGAACGAGAACCUGAGGACCUACUAGUGACCGAGUUAACGUCUGGUCUGGGCGAGGAGAGCAGUAGCUUCAUGCUAGGCGGCCCUGUGAACCUGCACAAGGUGCUCUACGGUGCGGCUCUCUGGGACGGCGUGCAUCUGGCUGUAGCGCCGCUGGGAGCCGUGGGGUCGGAUGUAGCAGAGCCGAUUAACCCUCUCAAGUUUCUCUUUUUGUCCGCGUUUUGUAAGAAUGUGCUCAUCGCUGUAGCGGUGCUGGGAUGGGAGCUGUGGGGUUGA